UAUACCAACGUCACUUUAUGUAGUCACAAGACCUCUCAGCUGAGGCUGUCGUCUUUACUUGUAUUUGGGAUUUAUUGAAUUCCUUGAUCUUUAUUCCAAUUAUUAUUGGCUUGAUCAUAAUUCUAUGAUAUCCUAGCCAAAAUGGCUAACAUCAACGAGGAAAAUGUUAGUAAACUUAUUGGCGAAGAGAAUAUCGAUAUGAUUGCCGCCACCAGCGUCCUGCAGCUAAGGGCCAGUGAAAUCCGUCAAACGGAUAUAAAAUGGCAGUCUUAUUUGCAGUCACAGAUGAUCACGCAGCGCGACCACGACUUCGUGUCGGCCCUAGACCAUGGCAAGAAGGACCUCCCUGAUAAGAACCCCGAGGAGUGCUGCUCAGUGUUUAUCAACCUGCUCACCCAUGUCAGCAAGGACCACACUAUCCAGUACAUUCUGGUCAUGAUUGAUGAUAUCCUUUCUGAGAACAAAAACAGAGUGAAGAUUUUCCGCGAGCACAACAAGUCGGGACAAGUCUGGCAGCCUUUCCUGAAUUUGCUGAACCGCCAAGACGAGUUUGUGCAGCACAUGACUGCCCGCAUCAUUGCAAAGCUGGCCUGCUGGCACCCGCAGCUCAUGGACAAGAGUGACCUCAACUUCUACUUGACCUGGCUUAAGGAACAGCUCAAACACAAUCACAUCGACUACAUCCAGUCGGUGGCGCGUUGCCUGCAGAUGAUGCUCCGCGUGGAUGAGUACCGCUUCGCCUUCCUCUCCGUUGACGGCAUCUCCACGCUGCUGUCCAUCCUCGCCUCUAGGGUCAACUUCCAGGUCCAAUACCAGCUGGUGUUCUGCCUUUGGGUGCUGACCUUUAACCCGCUGUUGGCCGAGAAGAUGAACAAGUUCAACGCCAUCCCCAUCCUGGCCGACAUCCUGAGCGACUCCGUCAAGGAGAAGGUCACGCGCAUCGUGCUGGCCGUGUUCCGCAACCUCAUCGAGAAGCCGGAGGACGUCCAGGUGGCAAAGGAGCACUGCAUCGCCAUGGUGCAAUGCAAAGUCCUGAAGCAACUGGCGAUCCUGGAACAGAAGCGCUCCGACGACGAGGACAUCAUGAACGACGUGGACUUCCUCAACAACCGCCUGCAGGCCUCCGUGCAGGACCUGAGCUCCUUCGACCAGUAUGCUACUGAGGUCAAGAGUGGACGAUUGGAAUGGUCGCCCGUGCACAAGUCCGCCAAGUUCUGGCGCGAGAACGCGGCGCGCCUCAACGAGCGCGGGCAGGAGCUGCUGCGCACGCUCGUGCACCUGCUCGAGCGCAGCCAAGACCCCGUCGUGCUCGCCGUCGCCUGCUACGACGUCGGCGAGUACGUGCGCCACUACCCCAGGGGCAAGCAUGUGAUCGAGACACUCGGCGGCAAACAGCGCGUGAUGCACCUGCUCAGCCACGAGGACCCCAACGUGCGGUACGAGGCGCUCCUCGCCGUGCAGAAGCUUAUGGUGCACAACUGGGAGUACCUCGGCAAGCAGCUCGAAAAGGAACAAAUCGACAAGCAGGCGAGCACUGUCGGAGUUAAGGCUUAAGCAAUAUCUAUAAUAUAUUUAAAGCUUUGUUGUUAUAGUGUAUUUAGAUUACGGGCUUCUAUUACUGUUACAAAUGUACUAAUGAUAUGAUCUAACGCUGUUGAGUGUGACCAUGAAUACAUUUUACACGCCCAAACUUGUAAAUAAGUCCCAAUUGAUGUUACCUAAUUUCAAAUAUUAGCAGAGUAUUAUUGUUCAGUCGAUAUUUUAAAAGCAAUUUGAUUUAUUUAUUGUACACCUACAGUUGUUUUUAAAAGUAAGAAAGUCUAAUGAUUGUCAAUAUCCACAUUCCUAUUUAUAAUUGUUAUAUAAAAACGAUUAAUGUAUGCUUCAAGAUAAAAUACUGUUAUAAUUAUUAAAAGUAAAUAAAGUGUUAGAAGAAAUUACGUAGCAACUUAAAGUUGUUGAGAGCUACGACAGUAUUGUGAAUAAAUUAAAUAAAUAGCGCAAA